CCCAAAAAAAAUGGACUCCAAGCUUUUAAUUUUGUUCCGUUUUGUUGUAUAUUGUUCAUGGGUUCAUCUGGGUUUUUCCCGUGACUUGAGCCAGCAGGGUGGUUUGGGUUUAGAGGAACCACCGUCGUGUGUAAAUAGCCUCCUUCCAUGUAAACCCUAUUUGAAAUCGAAUGCGCCGCCGAGUUCUUGCUGUGCGCCGUUGAAGGAAAUGUUGACGAAAGAUGUUGCGUGUUUGUGUAAUUUGUUUAACAAUCUUGAGGUCUUGAAGUCGUUCAAUCUUACUCAGGAUGAAGCUCUUCAUCUUCCCAAGGCUUGUGGCGCUGUUUUUGAUGUUUCAACAUGCAAGACUGCAUCCUCCCCUGCACCAUCUUCAGGGCCUCCAUCGAACAGCAACUCUUCAGGAACUCCCUCUUCAAACAGUGCAUCAGUUGCAACCCACGGCGGGAUGCCUCGGAUUUCUAAAUUUGGAUUGAUUUGUUCUCUUGUUGCUUUGUGUUUUUCUUCUUUUUAGGUUCUAUUGUUUUCUUUAGUGUUUUUGUAAGAAAAAACACCUGAAAAUUCGUUCUUAAUUACGUUUUACCCAUUUAUGCAUCAAUCAAAAACCCUUUUUGUCA